AAACUCAUGGCUUCUUCUAACCACGAAACUUAGGAACCAGUUAGAGUGAGACGUGUGUGCACUUUAUAAGUUGGAUUCCGAUGGCGGGGUCCCGCAGUCAUAUAGAUUUGAGACAGAGAGAAGAGAGGAGGAACUCCACACACAUUCCAGCUGCUGCUUUUUUCUUUUGGAGAAAAUUCUUCUCCCUCAUAUUUAUUUUGUGAUUGCAUCUUCUCUCUUUCGUAUUCGUGAACAGCUUUUCGAAAUCCGGUUGCUAAACAGUUUGUGAUGCUAUGGUGGGUUAUUUGUGUAGCAGAGUGAAAUCUUGUGUUCCUCAAAAAUGAAUUUUGGGUUUGUGAAAAAUCUCCCAUGGUUUCAUAAGCAUUCAGACCGGGAUUUGCAGACAAUCCCUGAAUCUAAAAGUAUUAUCAUAGAACAAUCAAAGCCAAAUGCUGUCUUUGAUAUCAAGAUAUGGGUUUGGUCCCUCCUUUCAGUUGUUCCUUGGGCCAUGAAUGCUGGAGAAAAAAUACAGGGACCUUCCACCAUAAAUAGAAGGUUAAAAAAGCGUGCGCAGCCACACGGGGUUGUUGAGAGUAAUGGUGGGAUUACCCGUUUGCGCUUUAGACCCUAUGUGUCCAAGGUUCCAUGGCAUACAGGUCCAAGAGCCUUCCUAUCUCAGCUAUUUCCACGGUAUGGCCAUUAUUGCGGUCCAAAUUGGUCCAGUGGCAAAGAUGGUGGGUCUCUUCUUUGGGACAAGCGACCUGUUGAUUGGUUGGAUUUUUGCUGCUAUUGCCAUGAUGUUGGUUAUGACACUCAUGAUCAGGCCAAGCUGCUGGAAGCUGACUUAUCAUUUCUUGAGUGCUUGGAGAGGCAACAUGGUAGUGUAAAGGGAGAUCCUCAUAUUGCUCAUCUUUAUAAGACCAUGUGCAUAACAGGUCUUAAGAAUAUUCUAAUACCAUACCGAAACACGUUGGUCAGGCUGCAGACUGGGCAACCUUUGCCCAAUUUCAGCUGGCUAAGCAAUGUGAAAUGGAGAUAUUGGAAAUUUCAAUAAGUCUGAAAAUACACCAGGGAUCAUAUAAAUAGUGAGCUACCAUCUUUAGUGGCUCCCCUUGGGGGAAAUUGCUGAAACUAGUCCUAAGACAGUAUUAUUUGUUAAUUUCUCUGAAUUGCCUCGAAUAUACCCUAUAUGUAGAAGCUAAUGAUUCUGGUGUCUUUUGAACGUGUGAGAUACCUGAGACUUGUUGGCUUCUUUGUGAUGCAUAUACUUUAAAUAGCUACACUUUAGUAAUGAAUAUUAGCAUUAUUAUGCACAUUUGUAUGUACUUGAAGGAUGUAGAUAUAAUAGUAAGUUUGAUCUCUAUUUCUCUCU